AUGUCCGAUUCUCGGACUAACUUACUCUCCCCUUCUUCCAAGGGGUCUCCUCGAAAUCCUGAACACACUUACUAUACCUUACCACCGGAUCCAUUUUCAACUGAAGAAGAAGAAUCCGUAAAAUCCAUUCACUUUCAUGAUCCAUUAAACGACGAAGGUCACAAUGCAUUUCUGGAAAUUAACGAAAAUCUUGUGAUUAUUCGUGAUGUGAUCAAAAAUUUGGCGCCACUGGGAUCAAUUAAGAAUCCGGAGGAGUUAAUAACGGAUGCAAUUGUGGAUUAUGUGUUUGAAAAGUGCAAGAAGAAUCAAAAUGUCGUUUUCGUCACCCUCCACUACGUAAGGGGACUACAAGAAGUGGAUAAAGUUCAUGAUGGUCAUGGAGGCGGUGGCCCGGCCGUAAGAAGCAUGAGAAAGAGGAGAAUCGAGUGUGGUGAGAUUUUGGCCAGGGAAUUAGUCCAUAAAUUUGAAGAUCAAGAUCAAAUGUUUACUGAGGUGUUAACAAGGCGAUAUGCAUUUUCUCAAUAUGAUGUCAUUGCAGAACGCAGAAAUGCUUUGGAGCUUGCCGUCAGAUUGCAUAGUAAUCCCGGAGAUCAUGGCAGUGUCUUUUUGGCGGACGACGAGGCAUUGUGGAUAGGUGAUUUAAUGCCUCGGGUUUCCGCGCAUCCGAAAAUUUCGGCACCAAUAGAAUUCUAUAUUCCAAGGCACAGAACUUCCUUCCUAGAAAACUUUCUGAAAUUUGAACUAUUGAACGUUCCAAGAAAUCAAUAUUUGCUCAAUGUUGUUGCGUGGAUAACGUUGUUAAUCGUUUACACCUUGGUCGCCGCGGACUGUGAAGGAAUGCAUGAGUAUUGUGAUUUUUUGGAACGAACCAUGUACAUUCUGGUUCUCGGAUUCCUGGUGAAAGACAUAUGUGUAUUGGCCAAAUACGGAAUAAAGAUCUAUACUCACACAAGGAAAGUGAUAUCAUUGCUUCUUUACGUCAUAUUUAUCGUGGAUUUUACAUUAAGAGCAAAAAGCGUCUACGACCCGAAAUCAACCGAAACAUCGGAAUCCCAUCGUAAAGCCCUUUCACUGGUUCCUCUGUUUCUUCACUGGCGUGUUAUGCUUACCCUGGACGCAUUUCAGACUGUCGGGAGAUGGUUGACUGAAAUUUCGAGAAUUCUACGCAAGAGCAUGUCUUAUUUUAUAUUGAUGGCUUUGGCGUCACUUGCGUUCUUUCAGUCGUUUCUGGUACUCAAUGGAAAGUCAGAUAAAGUGCCCGAAAGUAAAAGCGAAUGGUCCAUUAUGUCACUUCUUGUCAAAGGAAUGCUCAAUGCACCGGACUUCCAAGCAUCUCUUCGUCUGGGAGACCGAUUCGGAUUUUUCCUCUAUUCAUUCUAUGUCUUCACCGUCAGUGUGAUUCUUUUCGCAUUCCUACUUCCACUUUUCAUGACAUCAUUCAUCACCCGACGUACUGUACCCGAAGAAUAUCUAGCUCACUUCGCCACAAUAGUGGUGCAUGACGCCGGUAACAGCGUUCCAGGUCAAUACAAUUACCCACCACCCUUCAACCUCCUCUACUACGCCGUCAUCAUGCCUGUUUGUUUCUUGAUCAACACAAGAAGAAACAGUAAUCCAUUCUUGUGGAUAAAAUUUGAGAAAACGUUAAUAGCAUCGAUCUUUUUUAUUCCGAUGAUUGUAUUUGCGAUAGUUGAGACGCGAGCCAAUAGAAAGAAAGAUAAAGAUACGAGGGGCGAAGAUAUCAGGGAUAUGCCGGAUUUGCCCGUGCCGGGAAAUGAGAAACAGAUGCUGAGAAAGAUAUCGACUGCAAUUGAAGAUAUUCAAGAACUACAAAAGAAUAUGCAUGCGAGGUUAGAGAUUAUGGAGACGCAGUUGAAAGUUUUCGGUAGUUUAUGA